AUGGCAGGCGAUGAUCACUACCUAACACUCUCAUGCCCGGACAAGGCAGGCAUUGUGUACGCUGUUACGGGUCUCUUGGCAAAGGAAAAUCUCACGAUUCUUGACCUGCAGCAAUUCUCCGACCCAGACUCCAAGACUUUCUUCAUGCGCGUCCAUUUCGGGCACUCACCUGAUGUCUCUGCGCUACAAGAUAGCAUGAAGAAGCUUGCCUCAGAGAUGAGCAUGACAUACCAAAUUCAGCGGGUGGACUCAAAGCCUAAGGUCCUCAUCAUGGUAUCCAAGAUCGGACACUGCCUCAAUGACCUGUUGUUCCGCGUCAAGUCUGGUCAACUUAAAGUCGAAGUACCAAUCAUCGUGUCCAACCACCCCGAGUUCGCUGAGCUCGCGAAGAACAACGGAAUUGAAUUCCACCACCUGCCCGUAACCAAGGACACCAAGGAGAAACAGGAGACGCAGAUUUUGGAUCUGAUCAAACAACACAACAUCGAUCUUGUGGUCCUGGCACGCUACAUGCAAGUCCUCUCGCCUCGCUUGUGCACGGAGAUGUCGGGCAAGAUAAUCAAUAUCCAUCACUCUUUCUUGCCUUCUUUCAAGGGCGCGAAGCCCUACCAUCAGGCUUAUGAGCGUGGUGUAAAGAUUAUUGGUGCGACCGCACAUUUCGUUACGGCUGAUUUGGACGAGGGACCGAUCAUUGAACAGCGCGUUGCGAGGGUUGAUCAUGCGUUGAGCCCCAAGGAGUUGGUGGAGGAGGGAAGCAAUGUCGAGAGUCAGGUCUUGGCCGCCGCGGUUAAGUGGUGGAGUGAGAAGAGGGUAUUUUUGAACGGUCAAAAGACUGUUGUGUUCAACUAA